UCUCCCUGCCCCCGACUCUAUACACACAUACACACACACAUUUGUAUCUUUGAAAGAAUUUUUUUUUUUUGAAAACAAAGUUCCCGGGAUGAUUUAUAUGUGAUGAAGAGUAAUGCACUUAUUUUUCAAAAGCUGCAGAACCUAUUGACGGUCUCCAGGAACAUUAUUAUGACCUAUGUAUGGAAAAGUCCCAGGAAAUUAAACCUUUUAUAUUGCAUAUACUUCAAGAAGUGGAUGAAGAAAUUGAAAAGGGCAGAUUGGAAGGAAUCACAUUAAACGUUGCUGGUAACAGUCGCUUAAUGGCAAUAGAAAGAGUAACAGGUGAAGAUUUUGGGAUUCUUUGUAGACUUUUAAAGAAUAAUCCAUAUAUUAAUGGUUUGGAUGUUAGGUAUAACCUCCUAAGUGAUAUUGGCGCAUGCUAUGCUGCAAAACUGCUUCAGAAACAACAUAAUCUCACUUACUUAAACCUUAUGUUUAAUGACAUUGGUCCUGAAGGUGGAGAAGUGAUUGCUAAAGCACUACAUAAGGAUACAACUCUGAAACACCUAAGAAUGACUGGAAACAAGAUUGAAAAUAAAGGUGGAAUGUAUUUUGCUGCAAUGCUACAAAUUAAUUCAUCCUUGGAGAAAUUAGAUCUGGGUGACUGUGAUCUAGAAGAGUCCACAGUUCAUCUAGGCCACAUGUUGAAAGAAAAUCAGUGGCUUGUUGAACUACGCAUGUGUAAGCAUGAUAUAAAAAACUGUGGUAUGAAACAGUUAUGUGAUGCACUGUAUCUGAACAGAAGCUUACGCUACCUUGAUGUCAGCUGCAAUAAAGUAACUCAGGAUGGAAUGGUGUGUUUGGCCGAUGUACUGAGAAGCAAUACUACCCUAGAAGUAAUAGAUCUUUCUUUUAACAGAAUGGAAAAUGCAGGUGCAAAGUAUCUCAGUGACACUCUUGCUUCACACAACAGGACUCUUAAAGCGUUGUCAGUGGUAAGCAACAACAUAGAGGGAGAAGGACUUGUUGCACUUUCCCAAUCAAUGAAAACAAAUCCCACACUCUCUAAUAUUUACAUCUGGGGAAACAAAUUUGAUGAAGCUACAUGUGUGGCAUAUUCAGAUUUAAUUCACAUGGGUCGUCUAAAACCAGACAAUACGGAUGUGGAGCCAUUUGUGGUGGAUGGACAUGUGUACCUUGCAGAAGUCUCCAAUGGCCUUAAAAGGCAUUAUUACUGGAUACCAGGUUAUGGAGCAGCUUGCAGCCAAUCAUCUAAUGCAGGUUUUACUCUUGUACCAGUAGGUCAACAUCUGUGAAAAAUAAGCUCUAAAAUAAUAUUCAAAUAUUUGUCUUACUACUUUCACAGAGAUAAUAUUUUAUUGCCUAUUAAGAUUUUCUUUCAUAAAUUAGAACGUUACUUUCAUCAGAUGGGUAAAAGAGAUAUUAAACUUUUAAUAACACUCCAUUGUGAAAAACUGAGUAGUGUAAUUUUUUCAAAGAAAUUUUACAAAAUAGGGACUAAAAUUUGAACCCUUGGAGAAAGAAAUCAUCAAGGAACUAAUUUCUUUUUAUAAAGAAAGUAUUACCAAAUAGUAGAAUAGCAUACAAGGUCAUUGUAGGUCUCCUAACUGAAAGCUGUCAUCGAGUGGUAAAAAAA